ACUUUCACUCGGUCUCUGCUCUUCGUACCAUGUAAACAAUCCACUGAGCCACUGUGCAGUCACUAACGCAGAGGAAUGACAGGUGCCCACAGGCUGGUGGUGCAUUACUGUGCUGCUAUGGGUGUUUUCACGCGUCACCAGUGGGCGCUUCUUCCUGCGCACAAAGAAAGCAGAGCCCGGGGAUGCGCACUGUGAGUCUCCUCUCAGAGGCACCACGGUCCUCUGUGCUUCUUGGCAGUGUCUCGCCCGUGUGUAAUACGAGGAGGUGGGAAACCAGCACCACGCUGUAGUGUGCAUCAUCCUCAGACAGAAAAAACUCGGUAACUGUGGAAUAUAGCUAUACCGCUGAAGAGGCUUCCGUUAGUCACAUUUUGAAGACGCGCUUCAGACGGACAGAAUAAAUUGCGGAGCAGCACAUCACUGCUGGAGCAGAGCACAACCUCCUCUUUGGCUCCUGGAAACACAAGAGUUGCGGAGAGAAAUGUUAUCCGCGUCCUUGAGCAGGAUUUAAUACGCUUUGCGCAUACUGGAAUACAGUCCAGGCAAUUUAAUGAAGAGGAAAAAAACAGUCUAUAUUCUACGAUAAGUUGGAGUCCCGGUAUUCACAGGAGAGCGUUCGAUUCACAAGCAUUUUUUAUGAGUGUCUCUCCAGCCCUUGGAACCUAAAGAUGAUGUUACCAUGGAAACAAAUUAUUCUACUAUCAAUCACUGGAUGCCUUGCAGCCUUUACAGAGGAUGUCAUAUUUCAAGGGCCAAGAUGGAGGAUGGAGCCAAGUGACCUGAUUUUACCAAUCAACUCCCCCGACCAGCAGGCUACGAUUACGUGCGAGGCAGAUGGGAGUCCUCCUCCUCAGUACAGAUGGUCACUAAACGGAACACUCAUUGAUCUUGGGAAUGACUACCGGCGUCACAUGUCUGGGGGCAGCCUGAUCAUUAGUAACCUGGACAAGGACCAAGACAUCGGGGUAUACCAGUGCACCGCCGUCAAUACACUGGGAUCCAUCAUCAGCCAUAGAGCCAGUCUGCAAUUUGCAUAUCUUGACAGCUUUAAAACACAAACUGUGAGGAGCGCUGUAAAUGUCCGUGAAGGCCAAGGUGUGGUUCUGUUAUGUGGACCACCAGCGCACUCUGGAGAGUUGACAUUUGCUUGGAUCUUCAACGUGUACCCACACUUCGUCCAACAAGACAGUCGUAGAUUCAUCUCUCAGGAGACCGGGAGUUUGUACAUUGCGAAAGUGGAGCCCUCAGAUGUGGGCAACUACACCUGUGUGGUUAACAACACGGUCACUAAGGAAAAGGUGCUCAGCUCUCCUACACCACUGGUUCUCAGAAGUGAUGGAGUAAUGGGUGAAUAUGAACCCAAAAUAGAAGUUCAUUUCCCUGACUCAGUUCCAGCUGCAAAAGAGUCGGUGGUAAAACUGGAAUGCUUCGCUCUGGGAAACCCUGUCCCAGAUAUAAGCUGGAGGAGAACCAGCGGGAUCCCUUUCCCCAGCAAAGUCAAAAUGAAGAAUUCAAACGCGGUCCUUGAAAUCCCCAACGUGCAGCAAGAAGAUGCAGGGAUGUACGAAUGCAUGGCAGAGAACAGGCGAGGCAAAAAUGCUGCACGGGGUCGUAUUUCAUUCCAUGCUAAACCUCACUGGCUCCAGACAAUGAAGGACACAGCUCUCUCCAUCAAGGACAGUCUUCUCUGGGAGUGUAAAGCCAGCGGAAAGCCUAAACCGUCCUACAGCUGGCUGAGGAAUGGUCAGCAGAUGAUACCUGAGGGCCGGGUACAAAUUGAAAACGGGGCCCUUUCUAUAGCUGAAUUAAACCUGUCAGAUUCUGGGAUGUAUCAGUGUGUGGCUGAAAACAAACAUGGCAUUGUUUAUUCCAGUGCCCAGCUAAUGGUGUUAGCUUCACCUCCCAUCUUCUCCAAAAGUCCUCUAAGGGCCUUGGUAAAAGCUCUAUCAGGCACCGAAGUCACUCUUGAAUGCAAGCCUGAGGCCUCACCCCCGGCGGCUAGCCUGUGGAAGAAAGGAAGUGAGAUCCUGCAGGGGAGCGAAAGGAUUACUUUGCUUCCCAAUGGGACCCUGAAGAUCGUCAACGUGACCAAACAGGAUGCAGCCAGCUACACAUGUUUUGCUAGGAAUCAGUUUGGGACAGCGAGCACAACAGGGAGGCUGCUGAUCACCGAGCCCACCAGAAUCACCAUGAGGCCCACUAACAUGGAGAUUAUUGUUGGCGAGAGCAUCGUGUUACCCUGCCAGAUUGCUUGUGAUCCAGCUCUAGAUGUGUCUUUCUCAUGGGCAUUCAACGGACAGCUCGUAGACUUCCAGCGAGACAGCGACCAUUUUGAAAGAGUGGGCGGGAGUGUAUCAGGGGAUCUGAUGAUUCGGAACAUUCAGCUGCACCAUGGGGGGAAGUAUGUCUGUGUUGUUGACACUGAUGUGGAGAGCCUGUCCACCUCUGCAAUCCUGGUUGUCAAAGGCCCGCCGGGCCCUCCUGACAAAGUAGCGGUGGAAGAAAUUACAGACAGCACAGCACAGCUAUCCUGGACUCCUGGAAUGGACAAUGGCAGCCCCAUCACUGGCUACAUCCUUCAGGCACAGACGCCUUUCACUGUGGGCUGGCAGGCUGUAGACACAGUGCCUGAAGAAAUCAGUGGUAGCACGCUGACAGCAACAGUGGUGGGUCUGAAUGCUUGGGUGGAGUAUGAGUUUAGGGUGGUGGCCCGUAAUACUGUUGGCCUUGGAGAGCCCAGCCCAGCCUCAGCCAAGACCAGGACAGAGGAUGCUGUUCCUGAUACAGCUCCCACUGAUGUUGGAGGUGGAGGCGGCACAAAGUCUGAAUUGGUGAUAACAUGGGAGCCUGUUCCUGAGGAACUGCAGAACGGAGAAGGCUUUGGCUACAUCAUCGCCUUCAGGGCUUUGGGGACGGUCAUGUGGACGCGAGCCGCUAACUCCGCACCUGGCGUGGCACGUUAUGUCUUCCGCAACGACACCAUCCCUCCCUUCUCGCCUUUUGAUGUGAAAGUGGGGGCGUACAACAACAGGGGGGAGGGGCCCUUCAGCUCUAUUGCUACUGUGUAUUCUGCAGAGGAAGUCCCCAGUGUGGCUCCUAAGAGGGUUAAGACCAGAAGCGUGUCUGCAGUACAAAUUGAAGUGAUCUGGGAAGUUCUCCCUGCCGUUCCUGAAAGAGUGCUUGGAUAUGAGGUUGUUUACUGGGAAGAUGACACAAAGCCUGACACUGUUGGAAAAGUGCGCAUAACAGGAAACUACACACUGGUUAAUAUCACAGGGUUGAAAGCUAACACAGUGUACUACCUCUCUGUGGCUGCUUUCAACACGGCUGGCCCCGGGCCACAGUCAGUGCCGAUCAACACCACCACAAAGAGACCACCUCCUAAUCGGGCACCACUCAAUAUACAAUGGACGAUGAUUGGCUCCACCCUCACACUUCACUGGGACCCCGUAGUGGCUGUGGAGACGGAGUCAAAGGUCACUGGAUAUGUGGUGCUGCUGAAGAGGCAUCGCUACAACGACUUCAACUCUAUCUUCAGCAACGAAACCACCGUAGAGCUCAACCUCUCCCCUAGUGACAAUUAUCUCAUUCAGAUCAAGGUCAUGAGUGAAGGUGGUGAAGGUGCGGGCAGUGAACCCAUUCACAUCCAUAAAUUAAGCAUGGGAGCACAGGGCUCAGGAGCGAUCCACCUCAGCCCAUUGUGCCUCUCCUCACUCCUUAUCAGUGCACUGCUCUACUCCGUUGGGUGAUGUCUAAUCAUAGCCUGCAGAGAGCCUCCCUCCCCUUCCCUCGUCAGCCUGCUCUUUGUUAACCAUCAACAGAACUGGCAGACGGCCCAUGCUUCAGUUUCAAAGCUGAGCAAGACUGGACUCAACAGAACUCUUAAAGGGACUGUGUCAUUUUAUUUUAAACCAUCCAAAUAGAGAUGUGGUUUUAUGAUUGCAUGAUAUCUUUUAGUUUUUCCUCCAACGUCAUAAGUACCACUGUCUCUGGUUUCCCUUUUAGCGGUUAUGAUGUCCACAUGACUAAUCUUCUUGGUAUUUUAUGAGAUACUACUGCCUUAAAAAUCAUUCUACACCUGAAGUCCAUACCAAAGUUGGUGACUGUGACUUGUGUCAAGGUUUCUUAAACUCACAGUUUUCAUUUUGAAUAAGUGAACCCACAAGAAUUUAUCUAAGGACAACUUCUCAUCUGGAGAUACGCCUGUAGUCAUUUGUUGCAGCCAUAUUUUACUGUCUUAAAGAGGUACUUUUAGCUUAGCCAGCUCCAUUGAUAAAACUGAAACAGAAAUCCAUCAUUUUCUACGUAACUUGGCCAAAAGAUCCCAUGUGGGCUCAAGUUUAACAGACUUUGUUAGAUAUAUCAAAGACACAUAUACAUCAACUCUUUCUCAAAGCCACUGGCGUAAUAUAAAGUAAGUUUGGGAGCCACAGGAUCCUCAGCUUAGGGCUUCUUUUCAAUACUUGAUUCAUCUUGGCAUUUUGCUCUCCCUUUCAUGCUCCUAUAAAUAAUAAAUGCUUAUCACACACUACAUUCUUAGUCCAGUGAAAGAGUACAGAAUUGAGACAUGGUGUUACUAAGUCAAAGUGAUCCCUAGUGCGAUGUUCUGUUUCUUUAUUUAGACAACCAGUGUUCUAUCGUAUUACAGAACACGUCCCCUUACUCCCCUGAUGUCCAGCAGGCCAAGUGCACAAUGAUCUACAGGAUAACAGUGCCUUCACUACAGCUCACGUUGAACUUUCAUUUCUUCCCUAUCCUUUCCACAAUGCUAAGCAGCAAAAAAUAUGUUGAAAAAGAGGAACUUUGGCUUUUCUUUUUAAAUAAACUAUGUAGGAAGGACAGAGGAAUUGAAGACAGCAAGGGUUGGAAGCUGCAAUUACUAAAAUAAACACAUUACAUAUGGCAAAAACAAAUGGAGGUAUUUAAUUGUCUGUGGUAUUACAAAUUAAUUCCUCCAUUUGAGACAUGAUUUUUGGGAUUUCAAAGCAUCAAAACAAUCGAUGUCAAAACCGCUGUGGUGGAGCUCUGCCACACGAUGGAGCAAAAAGAAUGACAGUCCCUUUUCUCCGACAUCAUCUCCAUUUAUUUAAACACAAGAGUGAACAGUUAGAGAACACUGACACUCUGCUGAGGGAGCUGCUAUUCCCAUCCUGAGGAAGAGUCAAGGUGUGAUCACUCUGGUUCUGACAGUGUUCAUGUGGAAGUAUACAGUCGUCGUUUGAACUGCUACACAUUACUGUGCCUUUGACAAACACUGGACUGGGUAGGUCAUUAGCUUGGAGGCUGUCACUGUCUGUGUUUUGCACUCUCUGCUCAUCAUCUCCGCCUCCCCAAAGUCGAAUGAAAGCACAACAACUUGAUGCAAGGUGACUGGAUGUCCUCACUUAGCCAUCUGAACAGGUGUGCGGACCCCUGAGGCCCUCAUAAAAAGUCCAAACAGCCAACAUAAUAAGGCUGUCCUGUCUGCUCCUUGACUGGGUUCCAUAAAGCUCUGUGCUUGUCGAUUAGACUGAAGCAGAAUAGUCAAUGGGAUAUUGAUUUUCCUGCCCUGUUAUUACUGCUGUCACAUUUUAGCUGCGUGAUUGACUAAUGUACAUUGCACUUGAUUGGUCGGGUUAUAGUCAAUGAGGUUUCAGAUCUCCUCCACAGCUAUACCUUCAGAAGCUUGUUUUUUUUACUGUUUGCUUUUGCAAAAAAUGUCAUUGUGUAUCUUUUUUUUUAAGUAUUUCAAAGUGUAUUGUUACAUUUGGACUUGGUUUUGAGCAUUGACGUGAAAUGAUUGGCAGGUUGUUUACUUAAUCUACACCUUACAGCAUCAUAGAAGCUCAGUCACACCAGGAUUUAAAACGCCAACAUGCAAUGGCCAGAAAAAAAACCUCAUUUCAAUAGAAGUGCUGCAGACCGUAGCUUUAUUUGUGUGGCAGGGUUAAGCCAUGUAAAACAACUGCUUGGAAAACAGCUUUGAUGAACUUUAUUGCUGUUGACCAAACUGUCUGUUCAUUUCUUACCCUGGAGAGGACAAAAAAAGAAAGGAGGGUUUUUUUGCUGUGUUGCGCUGUCCGCUCUAUUUUUUAGCAUUUUCAGAGGGAAUAUAACCAACUCAAAAAAACGACACGACCAUGUUAUUUAACAUGCUAAUGAGCCUUAACUGGCAACAGGAAGGCUAUCAAACCUUGAAAUUUUUUUUUUUUCUUAUAAUGUUCAAUCCUGGCUUUGAAUUUGUUGCCAAAAAGUGCAACAUCUAGUCCACAAAGGCAUACAGAAAAAAAACAUUGCAUGCCACUUUCUGGUGUGACCAAGCCCCAGAGCUCUGAGUGCAAAUACUUGAACUGAGUGGUGAUAGCAUAUCCAUUAAUAUUCGUAAAUACGAACAUCAUAUUCAGAUGUCAGACUCAUAGGCUAUUAAGUUAAAAUGCUUCAAUGUGUGGUAGUUUUCUCAGAGUUUUCUUGUCAAUUGUUAUUUAACUUAAUGUUUCUUACCUCCGCCCUGAUGUUUCUGGCCUUGUGCUCCAAUUACAUUUACAAAGUACAAUCUAAGGGAAACUGUUUGGGCCAUUGAUACCAGAACACCAACAUAUCUACAGUAUUAAGGUCCACAAGGUCAGCUUGUUUUCAUUGUUUCUGUGCUGUUAGAAAGGAUUGUAGGGUGAAGUGUAAAUAGCUUGCGUAUAUUUUUAAAAUAUGGCCAUUAUAAACAACCUUAUUGCUCUUAUAUAGUGUGUUGUCCUAUCUUAAUACUGGUGUAUUAAUCAAUUAUCUCUGUGAGAUACUGACAUGUAGGAUGGUAUUUUCAUAUUGAAAAGAAACUAUUUUGAGUUCUAUACUAAUGUGCAUGUUCAUCAUUGUUUGUGAGUUUGUGUUAGAUAAUUUUCUAAGCUAUAACUUAAUUAAUAAAAAUGUUAUUCAAGCC